AGAAGAGUUCCGAAUAACAAUACAUUUUAAUCAAUCAAAUCGUUAACUAUAUACAGUUUUAAAAGUGUUCAUCGAAUCACAAAUGAGGAAGAAUGGCGACUGCUGGUGUGGUCCCUUGGAAGGAGAAUCUGUUAUUACAGUUGAAAUGCCGCAACAUGAAACAGAAGCAGCCUUUUGAGGGCUUGAUUCAAUCACAUAGCAAGCUAUUUGAAAAUGCUACUUUUCUAAAAUCCAAGAAUGUCCACCUGACGUUAGAGACUGAGAAACUGAAAGAAGAAAACCUUAGCCUGCAAAUCAAAGUAGAGAGCGGAGGUGGAAGUGGGGGAGGAAAUGCGGGAGAAAAAAAUUCCAAUCUUGAACACAAGCUUUACAAACUACAAGAAGAGCUGACAGAACUUCACAGGAAAAGGAGUGAGAAUGCUCAACAAAUUAUAGAUUUGAAUACAGCACUUCAGGAAAAAGAAAAGGAACUCCAAGCAAAAGAUAACAGACUGAGUGAUGCCACAGCCACAGAGCUGGCCCUGAAAAACGCCAUAAAGAACUUAGAACACACAAUUAUGGAGCUAGAAGCCACCAAUCAGAUGCUGAAGGAUGAACACCAAGCGUUACAGCUGGCCUUCACUGCCCUGGAGGAGAAGUACCGCAAGGCUCAGGAGGAUAAUCGCGAACUGGUAGAGCGCUGGAUGGACGCGAAAUCUAAAGACGCAGACAAACUUAACGCAGAAAAUGACUAUGUCAUGAGGAAGCGACAAGCAAAACUUCAAAAAGAUUUAGCAGACGCUGCCAGAGAAAGUGUCAAUAUAGCUGAAAGACAAUCGUCGGUGAUGGGCACUCCUAUAUGUUUUAAUGCCUCCUUGCCAGAUAAAGCUGUGUACAAGUUUGAUGCCCACGAUGGAGAGGUAAAUGCUAUACGAUGGAGUCCGUCAGGCACAACAUUUGCUACAGGCGGCACAGACAGAAAAAUCAAACUGUGGGAGGUGAUAGCCGGUAAAUGUGAGAGUAAAGGUUUUCUCACAGGCAGUAACCAGGGUAUCACUUCGUUAGACUUUGACCACGAGGGGUCGUUAAUACUUGGAGCCUCCAAUGAUUUUGCCAGUCGAGUGUGGUCACUGGAUGAUCAGCGCAUCAGACACACACUGACAGGCCACAGUGGUAAGGUACUGGCAGCCAAAUUUCUGGGAGAUUCCAGUAAAGUGGUCUCAGGGAGUCAUGACCGCACUCUGAAAAUCUGGGAUCUACACAGCCGUGCUUGUGUAAAGACAAUAUUUGCCGGGUCAAGUUGCAAUGAUUUAGUUACCUUGCAUGGAACAAAUGUGGUGAGCGGCCAUUUUGACAAAAGAGUGAGGUUCUGGGAUACCCGGUCUGACAGCAGCACGAACGAGAUUCUCCUUCAGGGCAGGCUCACAUCUCUAGACCUGUCUCCAGACCGAAGUUCUUUGCUGUGCAGUACGCGUGAUGACACAUUGAAAGUGAUAGAUCUCCGGAUGAACCAAGUGUCUAAAACCUUAUAUGCGGAAGAUUUCAAGGUUGGCUGUGACUGGGCGAGAGCUGUGUUCAGUCCUGAUGGUAGCUAUGCCCUCGCUGGAUCUAAUGACGGUGCCCUCUUCAUCUGGAACCUUGCAAAAAGUAAAGUGGAAAAAGUCCUCAAAGAUCACAGCCAUGCUGUGAUCGCCUGUUCCUGGCAUCCUGUUGGGACAUACGUACUCAGUGGCGAAAGACAGAAGAAAGUUGUGUUAUGGUCAGAUUUUUAAAUGACUCUUUCCAAAGAUAAAGGACAACGGACAAAUAAGCUUUAUUCAGGAAGUCUCAUGGGAGAAUAUUAGAAUGCAUCUCUCCAGUGUGGUGUAGCCAUAGAAAUCGCAAGAUGAGGAUAAGAUUCUUAAAGUUUAGUGCUAAACUUCGAAAAUCUUAUCCCGAGAGUUUGUUUUCUCUUUCAGCAUCAUACAGGAGUGAUAGAUUACAGGGUAUUUAUUUAUUUCCUAUACUGUCUUACAGCAGCAAUACAUCGUAUUGGUGAACUUACAGCACAGGGCUAUCAUCAGGGGCGCCUGAAAUGUGGGACAAAACUAACGAUGUGAUUGUGACCCUGGUUAUACUGCACCAAGUGAGGACCAAUGAUGAUGUUUUCAGCAUAAAAGUGCUUGUGAGCUGUCUUUUGCUUACAAUAGCAAAGACAGGUACGCUCCCGUGUAGUAUGAGAGGAUAUUACAAGAAAUCUUAAAAUUAAGAACAGAACGUGAAAGAUUUACAGAACAGAUUUUGAUUAAAAUAUACAUGUAA